GUAGCAGGUGAGAUCAAAGAUAUCCCCGUCUGAUCACCGAAUUUUCCUAUCAGAGGCUCCCGGACCCCCACCCAGUUGCCUUGGACCUAGUCUCCGUACAGCAUUUGUUCUGACCUACUUUCUUCAUAUCUGAUUAUUCUUCAGGAAAGAUAAUUUCCAGAAAUGAAAAAUGGUAUUUGGAAACAUGGAAUCAAUAAGUGCUUGGACUGCAAUAAAAGAUUUAUGUGAAAAAGUAUUACCCAGUUAUAUCAGUGCGAGAUGUCGAACUGUGUAUCCUAUAAAGUGUAAAGAUAAUACGGAAAGAUUAUUUAUCUAAUGAUUUAUCAUAUGCAUUAUUGUUUUUGUUGUAACUUGUAUAAUCCAAUAUGCAAAAUAAAAGUACUCAGAGAACCAGACAAAAAAAGGUUAGUCGUGUCUAUUCUUCAAGGCCCAGGAGAUCAAGAUCCCAAGACCAAGUAGAAAAUAGUGAAAAGGACUCGCAGCAUAAUGAUACCUGCAAUAAGGCUUCCUCUGGCAAUAAUAUAGAUUUGCCAACCAGAAGUGUAGAUGCAGCUGUGACUAGCCUUCCACAGUCCUUCUCAUUUGACCCAGAAGUAGGGGCAUCAGGCACACCAGAAAAUGACCUCAACAAAACAGAAGAGAAUUUGUCUUCAGUAUUUAAUUUGUGCAAUGCAGAAUUUGCUCUCAGAGAAGAUCCAAGGUAUGUCACAUUGUCAGAGAAUUCCAAGAAUGCUACUACACAAACAUUCCUGGAGACUGUACAGUUGUUGGCUGAAGGUAAAAAUGAAACAGAAUCCAGAGAAAUAGUAUCCAAGAAUAACUUUGCCCCAAGUAGUUCAAGAAAAAUCCCACAAAAAGCUGCAGAAUUCCAAGAUCACAGUAACAGCGGCUCAGAACCUGCAACGGAUCCAUUGCAAAUACAAAUAUCAGGAAAAAACAGGAAAAUAGUAUCUUCCAGUGACAAUGUUACACACUACGUACAGCGAGGAAGUGUACAGGCAGGAAGUGUUAGGAAUGUUGAUAAGCUAAAAAGACCUCAGUACCAAGUUUCAGGGUUUAUGGAAGAUCACGCAGAGUUUGCUUCAGAUUGGCGGGAGGCAACUCAAAGACAAGGAGGACGAUACACCCCGUCUGUGCUGGAGUCUACAGUGGAUGGAAGUGUUGUGAAAGGAGCAAGGAGGCCAUAUGGAUCAAGAGUUACUCCUACAGAACUUGACAGCUUCAUCGACAUGGCUAUCCAGAUUGGGAGUGAUGAGAAAGAUCCCCUUAUUUCAUUAGAUGAGUGGGGCCUAAAGACUGAGCAACACAAAUACAAGUGUUCAGCAUGUAAGACAGUGAGCAAGACACGCUUGGAUAUUGAACAACACAUUGCAGAUAUGCAGAAAGACCAUGAAAAAGCGGUAGUGGUGGUGCUGAUAGGCCCAGAGGCUCGAGGAAGAAGCUGCCCCCUCUGCAAUGAGAUAUUUCAAAGGACUCAUUUGUUUAAGCAUAUAAGGGAGUCCCACAACACUUUCUUUCCCUUGCGCUGUGGGUACUGUGUAUUCAUGGGGCAGGAUCACAAUCAACUGCGUCAUCACAUUCGCAAGAAGCAUGGCACAUCCAAAUAUCGAAUCAUAGACGUUUCCCUCAUCCUGGCCGAAAGUGGUGAAUUAGGUGAGAAAUCUUUGCUGGAAGAUGAGGACCAGAGUGAUGAGGACAUCAGAGAAGAUUCAGCACCUCAGGGGAAUAUGCUGUGCCCUCUCUGUGGAAAAGGGUUGAAGAACUUGCGGAAUUUGAAGAAGCACGUGGCCCAACACAGCCGUCAGAAGCAACAGUGCAUGCUCUGCCCCUUCACGACAACCUUCCCAACACAAGUUCGCAGCCAUUUUCGACGCAAGCACCCAACACAUUCUCCCAAAUGGCAAAAGGUGACAUUAGAGAAAGGUGGCAGUGAUGCCCUGGUGGAAGAUGUUGGUCCAUACUUGCGUCUCAUCACCAGAAAGUAUGGAGUGCGGCAGCCAAAGAAAGAGAAGAAAUGGAUGCGGCAAUAUAGGUGUCCUCACUGCGAUUAUAUCUGCAGUUUCAAUUCCUCGUACAACCGUCACCUGCGUCUACAUAAAGGUGUCAAGCCAUAUAAGUGUGGGUAUUGUGAUUUUCAUGGCAGGGAAGCCUAUGUUGUGAGGAAGCACUGUUCAAAGGUGCAUAAGGGUAAAGAGGUACUUGUUGAGAAUGACAAGAACUUCAAGGCUCCAUAUCGCUUUGAAUCAAGAACCAAGAUAGAAAAUUAUGAGUGGAUAUCAUGUCCAGGUAAUGAAGGACUGAAGAACAAUGUCAAUCAGGAAAAUGAGUCCUGUCAGCUUAGCAAGGGCAGUGACAAAGAGCCUGCAGAGGCAAGGACUCUCAGCACAAGUGCAAUGACAGCUCAGGCUCCUGUUGAAUGCUCAGAUGAAAAGGUGUUGAUAGCUGGUUCUUCAGCUUCAUUUGCCCAAAAAUUUGAAUGUUUGACAUUUAAGACCCUCAGUGUUAUGGCAGAAGAUCAGGUUGUGAACAAUUUGCAUGUUCAACAAGAUCAAAGUGGACCAUUAGUAACACAAGGUUUGGAACCAAAUUCCAAGAGAAGUGCAAAUCUUAGAAGGCAGAUGGAGAAAGUAGUCACAGAUACACUAGAGUGUGAAGAGUCCAGUUCGAAGAAAGAUUUGAAUUAUGAGGUUGCUGCAAUCACAAAUCCAUCACUUCAGCCCAAUAGUGCUGAAUCCUCAAAUCCUGAACUUUGUAAUUUGAGGCCAAAUUUUGAACUUCAACCUGAAAAUCAAUCUGUAAAAGUUAAAACAUUCAAAGUCAAACAUACACCACAAAGCAAAUGUGUGAAUGUGAAUGAGAUAUGGACAGACGCCAAAAAAUUACCCAGUACAGUAUUAGAAUCUGAAAUUAGUAACACAAAUGUAGAUAGAGUAGAGACUAGUCUAGAUUCUAUGAAGUGUGAACCCUCAUUUUGUUCCAUUAGCUCUGUUUCAUUAGACUGUGAAGAUGGUAGUGAUAAAACUUUUGUUAUUGAGUUAAGUGCAACCGAUAAUGAAGGAUUUACAGUUAAAGAAGUUCCUGGUUUUAAAAAGCUGGAAAAGCUAAGCCACAAGAAUUCUGAAGAGCCUGUUUCCUUAUACGUAGAUACAAAAAGAGUGAAUAAAACACAUCAGUCUUUACCUGUGCAAUCUGAAAAUAAAGCAGUUGCAUCUUCUCUCUCAAAAGACUUCAGUAUUACAGAACCCACAACCUCAAAAAAAAAUGUAAACAAACUCAUUACAGCAGAAGCUACCAAAAGUGGAAAUUCAGAGGCUAAUCCAUCAAAUGGCUUAGAGAGCACACUUCAUACUCACAUUGCUUUCCUCACAGACUCUCUUGUACAGCGCCUCAGCAGCCCAAUAUCAGCCACUCCAGGUGUCAUGACAAGAGACUUGCUUGGACUGGACUACAGCAAUAGCGACUACUUUAGCUCUGAGAAAGUACGGCUCAUGAUGAAGAAAAAGAGUGGAGGAAGAGUCAAGUGCAAUGUAUGUGGGGUGACUACAACCUAUCGGGCAUUCUACAAGCACGCUAAAAAGCACUUUCAUAUUAAGCCAUUCAAGUGUGGCUAUUGCUCAUACAGAUCAAUUGAGAAGAGCAGGAUCCGAGUUCACAAUACUUUUUGCCACCCAAAUCGUCCUUGCAUUAUUCUUAAGUUGUCACCAGAAACUGCUGGGAUCACCGCAGGAGGAACGCACCAGACUUCCAUAAAGAUGGGCCAGCCUGAUCCUGGCAGACCUCCAAACAGAACAAAUAAAGUAGAUGAUGAAACCUUCACAACAUUUCCUGAUGCUGGUGGUUCUGUAAGAGACAGCAACAAUACUAACAUUUGCAAUAAAAUAUUACCAUCCAAUAGUAAUUCCUGCGAGUCUCAAGUCGCCAUUAACAAAAAGGUGGCUGAUAAAAUAGUUGACCACCAUUCCUCUUCAACUACCUCAACUGUGGUGUCUAAUGUGUCUCCUGGGCCCUCAACAUUCCAUUGUCCCAUUUGUUAUAAGCAACUGCAGAUUCACACGCCAUCAAUAAGAAGACACUUGUACAGUCAUUAUGGUUACAAACCUUACAAAUGUGGCUACUGUAACUUCACCGCCAUUGGCCAAAAUGAGAUCCGUGCACAUCAUGUCACUCAUGGCUUUGCCACAGUGCCCAAGGUGGAGUCUUCUGGCAUAGCCAUGCCAGCUGGCCUCACCUCUUAUGUGAAUGAACUCCUAGGGCAGCAGCGAGGGAGCCGCAAGCCCCAGAGGAAGAGGGGGCAGGUUACUGAACACCAGAUGUUAGAUGAAACCUCAGAAAGUGAAAGGGAACCAGCCGAGACCCAGCAGGAGCCAUCUGACCUCAUGUGGACAGAGAUGGCCUCAAAAGAAGAGUUGGCCACCAUUUACUUUACACCCCAAGAGCAACCCCAGCAGGCUCUAGUUCCUACUCCCAAUACACAGCAGGGUAUAGAUCUUCCUGUUGAAGCAGGGCCCCUGACACAGCCACUUGAGCCUGUGGAUCUAUAUUCUGAGGCAGCAUAUGCUGUACAGGUUCUUGAAUCUGGGCAGAAUCCGGGGCCUGGCACAAGUCCUCCUCCACAACUUGAUGUUGGGGGUAAUUCAUAUUCCCAGUUUGAUUCAGACCAGGUGUGUGUUGUUUAUCUGAUUGAUUAGGUACUCAGCAAGAGUUGUUAAAGGAACUCCAUGUUAUUUAUGAUGCCACAGAUUAGCAAAAUCUGUUUUUUUCCAACAGAUGGAUAAUGGAAAUGAGUAGGUAUGUAAAUGCAUUAUGCAAUGGGAAAAAGCAAUUCCAUAAGUUGUCCUGAAAUGAUAUUCUUUUUAUAAAUACCUGAUAUUAUUUCUCUUUGAGUUAUCAACCCAUCAAAAAACUGUUUUUAUAUUUUUCCUUUUUCUUCUUUAAAUUUUUUUUGGGUGAUUUACAGGCCACUAUACACAUUCAGUAAUAUCUUUUAAAGCAAGGUUGGAUUUGCUUUUUUUAUAUUUAUAGGUUUCCUUAAUAUGAAUGCAUUACAGAAGUAAUAAAAUUGAUGCAUGUAGAGACAUGCAUAAUAUAUGCAUUUGGUACUGCAUUUAUUGUCAUACAGUAUGUGUCCCUUUCUCACUAUUUCUUAUGCUUUAUUGUUAUCCCUUGGGAUUCCUUCGACUUGAUUUGUCCACUUAUGGUUCUCAUUUUGGUUCACCUUUUUAAAUGACAUUUCAUACAAUAUGACAUCAGGUCUGCAACCUUCUUAUCUUUUCUCUUCUAAGUGUGGUACUUUAUACUGAUUGUCUAUAAGGAAAGAAGGAAUUGGCAACUUUAAAAUCUAUAUACAUUAUUUUAUAUUUUUAUAUUAAAAUUUGCUGCCUUUAAUACCACUUUAUUAUUUGCAACUAAAAGAGACUGAAUUAGAGUACUCCAGUGUCUGGGGUGAGUUGCCAGUUUGUUCUGUCCAGAGAUUGGACAGUAUAGUAUUUAUUCCUUUGACCCUUGUUUGUAAAUAUUCCUUGUCUUCGAGAUUUGCAAGUGUUUCCAAGCUUAGAACAUAUGCUAAAUAUUCAUAAAUUAUAACUAUGAUAGAAUUUCCAAAGAUCUUUUCAAAUCAGAUUGAAAUAUGUCUUUCCUUUCAGUAGUGAUAUGCUGUAUAUAACUUGUGAAAGAAAGUUAUUAUAUGUGUAUUAAGAUAUAGACUUACAACUUUUCUGUGACUAGAUUGUUCCAUGUCUAAUUGAUUACCUCAUUACAUUCGUUGCUGGAUUUGUGAGCAUUCUUUGCUGUAAUUUAGUGAUAUAUUUUACAUGAAUAUUAGAAAGUCUGUAAUUACAUUGAGAGAAGGAAGAUAAACAAAUACUGAUUGAGACAGAAAAUUAUUAGUAGUAUUUGACAUUUCCUUCGACUAAAUAUUAGAAUGAUAAGAACUAAUAUUAAAAGAAAACACUUCUGAGAACCAGAAAGAUAGAUUCUUGACUAAAAAGUUUAAGUUUGAAAUGAAAUAGUACAAGAAGCAUCAUCAUAUCUUAAAGGUCCAGAUAUGUGAACCUUUAAUGGAUAGUGGAAAGUAGUAGUAAAUACACUUGUGUCAGUUAAAUCAAACUAGUAACUGAAGUAAGAGAUAGAAUGUAUUUUUCCAAAUGCAAUCUGUUUUUGAAGUAUAGGUAAAUAUUAAGCUUUGAUUGGUUAAUUCUACCAAAAAAGUAGAAUAAAGUUAAUGAUAGUAUAGAUGAGCACUAAUAAGAUGGUAACGCUAGAUGUUUUGGUAAAGAUUAAUGUAGAUCUAUUUCAGGAAGCUCAUAACUACAAUACAUAUAAAUAGAGUUACCUAGUCCAACAUUUACAAUGUGCUCUAUAAUCUUUUGCACUCAUUCUCAUUAUAAUCUUUAUAUGAUUGAAUCAGUUGGAAAUUUGCUUGAAGAAUGAUCAUGAUUUUCAAUAAAUAGCCUCUGAAAAUGAGAAAACAAUAUGGAUUGUGCUUCUUAUUUGUAUUUUUUGUGUACAACUGAGGUAAAGAUGGUUAAUUUGUUGUAAGUAAAUUUGAUAUGGCUGUGUCAAGUUUGACCUGUUCUGCAUUUAGUUAUUUUUACCAUUAGACAUGAGAAUGGUUAUAGAUUUUAUGCAUUUUUCAUUGCUAUUAUUAGCAAAAUAUCAGCGAAAUUUAGGCGAGAUAUGAAUAAGUAAGUAUUUGGAUUUACAUGUUUUGUUACAUUACAGUGAAUCCCAUUUUUGUACUCCUUUUCUACCUCCUCCUUUUCUUCUUCUUCUUUUUCUUCUUCUUCUUCUUCUUCUUCUUCUUCUUCUUCUUCUUCUUCUUCUUCUUCUUCU